GAAAAAGUUUUGAGGAAGUUUUUUCGACAAAUCGAAACUGCCGCAGUGGUGACAGGAAGAUUUGUCAGUUUGUCCUUAAACUGUCUGACCAUCUAAGGGGGGAAAAUGCAGAGCAGUGCUUACGGGGCCUCUUUGGCCGGCGGCGCCUUUGAUUUAGCGAGCUUUGUAAAACAGCCACAGACUAUUUUGCGCUUCCUGAGCUGGAUAUUCUCCAUUGUGGUUUUUGCGACCAUCACGGCCGAGGGCUACAUUAACCCAAAUGAUAAACAAGAAGCCAAUUGCAUGUUUAAUGAAAAUGACAGCGCCUGCAGUUUCGGUGUGGGAAUCGGAGUCUUGGCCUUCUUGGCUUGUGUUGUGUUCCUCAUGCUAGAUGCCUACUUUCCAAACAUCAGCAAUGCCCAAGAACGAAAAUACAUUGUUAUAAGCGAUCUGGUAUUCUGUGCGGCUUGGACAUUCCUGUGGUUCAUCUGCUUCUGCGUCCUGACCAACCAGUGGACUAAGACUAAAGCCCAAAAUGUCUAUGCCGAUGCUGCCCGAGGUGUGAUCACCUUCUCCUUCUUCUCGGUCAUCACCUGGGGUCUUCUGACCUACUUUGGACUUGGAAAAUAUCGCCAAGGAGUUACCGACUUUGACCAGAACUACAGAGACCCAACCAACGACCCCAAUGCCCCAUAUCAGAGCAGCCCGUACUCCAGCACCAGCAGCGUACCAGGCUAUCAGCAGUCACCUUUCUCCAACCCCCAGGAUCCAGGAGCAUAUCAACCUCCAUCUUAUUGAAGGACUAAGAUUUAAACACACGAAUCAAAUGAGGAAGUUUUCUUUUUAAAUAUGUGUGCCAAUUGUUUCAUUUACAGCAUGGACCGUUCUGUGCACUCCCCUUUUGAUCCCGCAGAACGUGUUUGCAUAUUUCUGGGUGCACUGAGAUCUUUUUAAGUUUGCCACAUUGUUGUAAGUUUUUUGGUGAGCGGUUGCUGUGUUGUUCACAGCAACCGCGGGUGUUUGUUGGAAGGUGAUUGUCUUGACAAAAGAGAGGAUAACCACGCCUGUGUUGCCUUUGUACUGAAAUGACUGCAGAUGUCUCAGUGCUCUCUUUAGCUCUAAUUCUGAGUGCAGUUUUGCUGCUGUUCAUAUCAAUGCACUAAUUAUCAGAAAGAUUGGGCUUUAUUUUUUUUUUCUUUAGCAAAUCUGGUUUGCAUUAAAAAAUAAAUUACUGUUUAUUGUUAACUUCAAUGAGUGUAAUGCAGAGACAGCUGAGUAUAGACUGUCUUUGAUCAUACAGCAGACACAUAUUCAGUCGGUUGGUACAUUGGAAGUAUUCCCUCUAUAACUACUGUAAUGCUUGUUUCUCUUUUUUUUUUUUAAGUAAUCAACCACUAAAAAAGGCUUUUGUGCACUAAAAAAAAAACCAUUUUGUUUCUUUUUGGCUUUUUUUCAUAUUCACUUCUGUUGUGGUUUGGCUUUCACAGGUGUUUUAAAGUCUAAUGUGCCUCUUUUGUUUCUUUUUUUUUUUUUUUUUUUUUCAAUGGCAUAAAUGCUCAGCCAUACGUUUACGAACUCUUUGAUGCUGUGGUAAAUUUUGUAUUUAUUUUCUUUUUUAAUACUGUUUAAUCCAGAUGCAUGACAAUCAAAUCGAAUCAUUUUCCACAUUACUUUUUCCUCUCGCUUUUUUCCUCCUUUGCACUGCACUUUUGCAUUUUCACUGCUUGACAAAUGUUCCUCAUUAAAGUGCCUUGCACAGUGUCCUGUAUCAGUGUGCCAAAUAAAAACGGAUCUCGUUUUAAAA